CUGGCGUAAACUUCCCCGUCUAGCAGACGGCGCUGAAUUAAGCAGUUCAACUGAGUUAGGACGGGGCCACCGACGUAAAGCCGUGAGCAGGAGACUUUUCGAUUAGGAAUUAGAUGGUGUAGACGAGAACGAUGAAAGUCCACCAAAAAAGUCGCUGCCACAUGUAAAGAGGAAAACACAUGGCCAGGUUCAACACUCUCCUGGCACAUCCAAAUUCAAAAUGCCGACUUUAGUAUUGGUGCAACCAAAUGAGCCACUUGUUUCAAAUUCACCAGACCACAACUGUAUGUCUACUAAUUCUUCUUCUCCACCUUGUGGGAGCAAGAGUCAACACGAAAAUCAUUCUCAGGAGCGUCGAACUUCGUCAACUAGAGAUUUUAGCGAGAAUUCUCAGCGAAGUAGCACUGCAACCCCUUUAAUGACGCCCACCACACUUAUUUGUAGUAGAAUUUCUCUAUUAUAGUUGCAUUUACAAGUAACCAAGUAUUCAUUGCAUUUAUAAUUUUUUAACAGCUCAGAGACAGGAUAAUUCACGGUUACAGGGUAGUGGAAUCAAUAAUCCAUCAAUGCUACCAGUUUUUUCUCAUACUGAUGAAAUUAUAUUAAGAAAGCUGGACUACCUUCAAGCUAGUGUGAACGAACUUCGAGAGACUUUUCAUCUGGCUGUCCGACAAAAUACAACGAUUAUCGAGGAAGCUGAAUCGGACGAUUUGGAGAUCCCCCUAAAGAAUGUCGCGGAUUUUGAAGAGCUCGAAGCUAAGUUAAUGGACCCCAAAAUUCGUUCAUCAUUGGUGAAGCGGUUAAGUGUCUCUGGGAGCAAGGGAACUGAUGCUAUCUACAGGGUACUGGCGCUGUUGAUGACCAACGAGUUAGCGACCUUAAUCAGCUAUGCAGGAACUCGUGGUGGAAAACAAUCAUUUCGUGAUCACGAAAGAAUUACAGGCUGCGUUUACUUGGCGGUACGGAAAAAUCCUCUAAUGUCAACCGCGACAAACAAGGAAAUCGAUGGAAGUAUUGGAGAAUGGCUCAAGAAGGCGACCACAAGGAUCGACAACAAGAAGAAAAAGAUGAUGUCGAAAUCUACAGAACAAGUUACACCAUAAUAGUUAACAUGUGUUACUUUUAUAAUAAUUUAAUCGUUCGUAAGUUUAAAAUGUAAUAAACUGAAUCGAAAUGAAUAUUGUGUCUUGUCCAAAUUCAGUUCCACGAUAGUAUAUUUCCACCAUUUGAGAACGUAUUUAGAACGUAUUAAGGGUCGUGCCACGGAUGUUCUCAGUUGGUUCUAUUAGUGUAUUAACGGACCAGCUUAAGACGAACAAGGUACGUUUCCGGGCGCCCGUUUACCUCAGACUAGACGGUCUUUGGCCCAUGCCAAGAACGUAUUUGCGUUCGUCUUUUCGUCCCUUAAG